ACCAACAGAUCGUUUCAGAAGAAUAUUUCAAUCGAAUGCGGUGGAAUUUUGCAUGAAUUCAAAUAAAUAUCCACUUUUUUGAGACCCUCUGUAACAGGGUUCUUCAUAGAACAUUGGAUGAACAUUAGAACCAUCAGGAGACAAGAUCUUUCAAACCAGAAUUCGGUUGCUCAUUGUAGCUCUGCUCCUACAUGACCUCAAAGUCUUGUACAUCUGUUGAUCAUAACUGAUUGGCGGCCAUAUUGUUUUAUCUCAACAUUUGAUUGAAUUUUUAGCUUUUAGAUAUGGGCAGAUCUUGAUUUUUCUUGAGGCUAUUAUGUUUUUGCAAGACGAGGAAUUUCAUUAUAUGUAUUAUGGUUGAUGAGAUAUGAGCCACUGUGUACAAAAGUGAGCUACAGCGCCACCAUCAGGACAGCCACGACCAGGUCUUGCUUGCCUGCAAAGUGAAAUAAAGCACAGCAACUGUUAAGUUUUGUGUUUGAACCCUGAAUAAAAAGCAGUUUCGUAAAACGCUACAUGUGUUGAAAAACCAUGACCGACCUUCAACACAAUUCCAAACUAUUUCUUACCAAUUGGCAGAAGAUCUUUGGUACUCUGAAGUAACGGAUAGUCUUCACUGAACAGGUUAAAAUUAGGCUUCACCUCUGUAGAUAUUUGAUUGACUCAUGGAGGGCAUAUUGUUUGGAAAUUUCAGCGGUAGUGAGGUUUGAGCAGUUUGGCACCAAAUUUGAAGAUCGUCAAAAAUCCAAAAGCCAGUUGGCCAAAAGCAGGUUUUGCAUAUUAUAUUGAUGAUCAUAAAUCGAAGUGGGCGGAGCUGAACAGUUCUUCAGGCUAGUUUGUUGAAAGAACCCAAUGGAGUAAGCAAAAAGCAUAUAUUUAUGGUAUUAUGGAUAAUGAGAUAUGAGUUAAAGCAAAAACAGAGAGCUGCAGGGUCACAUUGUUCAAGUUGAAGACUUUCCCUUCGACUAAAUUACAAAAUAUUUGCUUUCUAAACCUCUGGUAUCUGUGAUAGCCUGAAGUGAGCGUUGGAGCUUACAGAACAGGUCUCCACUCCCUUAAUUACUAAUGCCUUUGUUUGUUUCGAUGUAAAUAUCACCACUGUUUUGACACAUUGUCAAAAUAUAAUCAGUGUCAGAGAAGAGAUUAAAGCUGUAAUAUGCAAAUUCAUUCCAAUUGUGUUGAACAUUCAGCACAUUCUGUAUUACACACAGGAUUCCACAGUGGAGAGUUUAAGAGCAGGAUACAAUUCUUUGAGAGGAAACCCAGCGACAUGGCUGCCCACUUCCUGUUUUUCUUUGACUUUGACGAGACGCUGAUUGCAGAGAACAGCGAUAACUCUGUGAUCCGUGCUGCACCGUUCCAGGAGCUCCCCCCAUCCCUGAGCAGGAUGAACCACCCCGGAUACUUCCUCGAACACACUCAGAACAUCAUGACGUUCCUAAAUAAGUGCGGCAUCACCGAAGACACCCUCAGCACCGCGCUUCAGCAAGUCCCGCCGUCUCCGGGUGUAUCUGCGCUUCUUGAUUUCUUGUCAGCUCGGGGCGACUUCGAGUGCGUCGUGGUCUCGGAUGCUAACUCAUACUUCAUCGAGACCUGGUUACGACACAUCGGCGUUCACAAACUUUUCACCAAGGUUCUCACCAACCCCGCUGACUUCGAUGCACAUGGACGCCUCGUUUUGCACCCUUUUCACACACACUCCUGUCCCAAGUGUCCAGUGAACAUGUGCAAGCAGACCAUCCUGAGGGACUACACGAGCAAAAGGGAGAAGGAACGAGGAAAACCAUUUCAAAAGAUAUUUUACAUCGGAGACGGAGAAAACGACAUCUGUCCCACGUUAGCUUUGGGUCAGAAUGAUGUGGUUUUUCCCAGACGAGGUUUUCCCAUGCAUCGGUUCAUUCAGGAUCUGCAGAAGACACAGCCGGGCAUGUAUAAACCCUCGGUGGUGCCCUGGGAACGAGGAGAAGAUGUCAUGGACUUCCUGAAGAAGGUCCUGCAGGAGCAAUAAACCGCUGGAGCAGAAAGAGUUUUAAAUAAAAUAAAAGGAGGAACGAGGAGGAUAAAAUUACAGGCAGAUACCUAAUACACACACAGACCAGCACCUGAGACAUGAUUAGACUUGCAUGAGCCUCACUAAUACACCACGCUAGAACGAAAAAGGUCAUGGGGAGAAACAUGGAGAGCAUGUGGAGGAGGAAGGACAAACUCAUGACUAAGCAGGAGAAAAGCAGGGGGAGCUCUAGGAAUGAAAACGUUCAACCUCAAUCAGAUAUUCCAUACAGAGUCACAGAGAGAAAUGGCUAAAGGCUAAUGCAAGGCUAAUCUUUCUUAAUGUCUUCCUUUAUUCACACACACACACACACACACACACACACACACACACACACACAAACACACUAUAAUCUCUAGCGUACUGUAUGCUAAUUGUCACACAGACAAAAUGGCGACUCACAGAGGACACAUAAGCAUCUCGCAUAGGUUUAGAUUUUAUACACACAUUACAGACGGAUCACAGACGGGUCACAGACGGUUUACAGAUAUGUCACAGAUUCUACAGAUGCGUCACAGGCAUGUUACAGACGUUUUACGACUUCUCACAGCACAAAUGUGUUACAGACAUAUUAGACAUGUCAGACACUAUGAACAUGUUGGUAAAGCUACAAAUCUGUCGCAGACAUGUUACAGGUGCUACAGACGUGUCACAGACGUGUUACAGACACUAAAGAGAAGCCAAAGACGUGUUGCAGUUGCUGCACGUGUCACAGAUUUUUCACCGACAUGUCACAGACGUGUUUCAGACGCUACGGACGUUACAGACACUACAGAUGCGUUACAGAUUUUUUUUUACAGACAUGUCAGAGACGUGUUUUGGGCGCUACAGACGUGUAACAGACAUGACAGAAACAUUACAGAUUUUUCACAGACGUGUUUCGGACUCUACAGACAUUACAGAUGCGUUACAGAUUUUUUUUUACAGACAUGUCAGAGACGUGUUUUGGGCGCUAUAGACGUUACAGACAUUACAGACGUUGCAGAUUUUUUACAGACACUACAGACAUUACAGACACUACAGACGUUACAGUCACUACAGACGUUACAGACAUUACAGACAUGCCACAGACGUGUUUUGGACACUAGAGACGUGUUAAAGACGUGUUACAGACACUACAGAUGUGUUUCAGUUUUGUGGACAACUGAACAUAACGUGUGGAAAAUCACAUUCCACAUUUAGUCUCCAUUUGCUGUUAUAAUGAGCUCCACUCUUUUGAGAAGAUGUCUACUUGAUUUUUUGAGGAGAUUUGUGGAGAUUCAGCUACAAGGUUAAUGUCAUUGUCUGCUGAAACGUUUGGCUAAAAUAUGGCGGGAAAA